AUGGAUAUAGCUGAAAGUAAGAUUACACUUGCAGGGAAAUCAGGACAAGUCCUAGGAAAAAUCUCUUACCUGAACUUUCUAGCAAGAGACGUGCUUCUGAAAAGUGAUCUGGAUAAAGGAGGUUUGGAGGAGUAUGUGCUUGGACUCACCUCUUUAGCAAAAGACCUGAGCAGAUCUCUCAGCCAGCAGCUGGAGGAUGUUACAGAAAUUAUUCAGGACACCUGCCACUUGCUGAAUGCUCUCCAUGAUAAACACAAGGAAUUGACUGGAAGUCCAGGCAAGUAUGGAAAGACCUAUCUGUUCGCAAUAUAUCUAACUAGUGAAGAUAUUUCUCCAGUUAUAGGGGCUGACAGCCAAAAUGUAAUUGGUUAUUUAUUUUUUGCCUCAGAAUACAAUGGAGUUAUAGAUUAUCUGCAGAAAGUGAAGGAGUAUUUGAUAAAUACAAACUUACACCUUCAAGAGGCAGAAAAUGAAUUUUAUGCCAAGAGCUGCAGACAAAAUGGUGAUUGUCAGAACCAGAUUUGUGAAAAUGCUUCUGGACAAACAGAUGUGCGUUGUUCGGAAAGAGAAGCAACAGACUCUGUGCAAACAUCUUCCAGUUCCAGUCAGCAAUUCCAAAGAACUUCUUCUUUGAACAAGACAGAAAGUCAAAAUGUUACUCAAACCCAUACAAGUGAAAUUAAAACUGUGGGAAAAAUUGCAUCCUUAGCUGUAAACAAAUCUGCUCAAGAACAGGACACCAGCAGAGAAUCUCCAAUGAAAAAGGAAGAUGGUGAACACCAGCUACUGAUUGUCUCUUUUACAGAGAAAAAAGAGUGCAGUGGAAAGGAUAAGCUUCAUGGAGGUAGCUCUGUUACUGAAAAGUCUCCAGAACUGGCUUUUCAGGAUGCUCUUACAAGAAGUGAGGAAGACAUUCUGUCUGGGACAUUGAAGGACAUUUAUGACAGAAGCAUCACGAAUCAUUUUGAACAGGAGAAAAAGGAAGUAGUCAGGGACAAUUUAAAAGGGCUAGAAAGUGAAGACCACAAACUGACAGAGAAAAUGGAAGACAGUAAAAUGGAAAAAAAAAAAGAGAUUUUUAGAAAUUACCUAAGUACCUUCACAUCUUCAGCACAAACCUAUGAUCUUCCUGAUGUGAAUACUUCUGUGAGUGAUUCAGAAGAAGUACAAAAAUCUAGAUAUUGGAUGAACAAAGAAUUUCUAGUCAAAGGGAGUGGAAAAAACGCCCAGGAAAUAGCCUGUUUUAUUAAAGCCCCUGCAACAGUUCUGGAGAAUCUGAAGUGUAAUAUACUCAAUGACACUAGUUCCUUGGUGGUGGAUGAUUCUGAGGAGCUGGUCAGCAAUGUCAUUAGUAUCGAAUGUUAUGAUUAUGAAAAACUACUUUUCCCUAUCAACAUUGCAAUCCCAUUUACAUCAUGCUUCAGAGGAAAUUAUCGGGAGAUUAUGGUGAAGGUGACAGAUACCAACUUCCAGUCAAACUACUUAACUCCUAUUUCUUUGCAAAGAUACCAAGGAAACCAUAAGGAAAGCUUUGCAGAAGUGAAAAUUUAUCAUCUGGGUGUUUUUUCUGUGUUGUCAUGCUUAAAGAAGGAAACAUUUACUGUUCCAAAGGUAGGACUCUUGCAAAAGCUGAAUGUGGAUUCUAGAAUCUCUUUCUGUUACCACCCAGAAGCAUUCAGUUCUCCAGCACCUAUGCAGUUAAAGAUUCAGCCAAUUGAGCCAUCAUUGGUUUCAGCAUUGAAAGCAAGACAUGAUAUGUAUCACUCAGUGAUAUCUACUAGUGCACUGGUUCAUGUCCAGCAUCCUUCAGCCCAACCUUUCAACAGCUCAGUCACUAUUACUUUACCCUGUCCUCCCAACCCAGACAAAAAAAGGCAAGGAGAUGAGACAGAAUAUGCAAGAGCCAUUAGUGCUACAGUAAAGAGGGUUGCUGCAGCAUACCAUCCUCGGGCUGUGAGCACUUCUGUGAGAAAAAGUGGGGACAAUCUCAGUGGUACUUUGAAAUUAUUAGGUCAUGGAAACAAAAAAGAGGGGUGGAAGGUGUUUGAUGAUGUUAUUAUCCAGAAUGCACAGAACGGGCUUGUAUCUUUCGAACUAAAUGAGCAUUUAGAAAGCUUUGUGGUCAUUCGCCUUGCAUUCCUUUUGGAAAACAGGUAUCUUCUCCUCUUUGCUCAGGCUCUGGAAGAAGCUCUCCAUAGCACGAUGGCUAAUGUGAUACUGUAUCAGAAAAGAGAAAACCCAUAUAAAAUAGUAGUUUUGCUGUCUGCAUCCAAAGAAUUGACCAAUGAACUUCAAAAUCUCCAUGAGGAGGGUUAUUUUGGUCCCCCAGAACCUACACAGCAGUUCCCAUUAAGACAAGGAGAGCAGAUUCAUUUUAUAUUUAGAGGAAAUAUUUCUGCUUCAGAGAAUGGAGAAGACUUCAGGAAAGUCUACAGACUGAUUUUUCAUUCACAAAGACAACCAAGGCUGGAGCUCCAAAUUAAGGAAGUGGAUGAAUUUGGCAACCAUAGUUCACCUCAUUACAAAGGAACAGCAGUGUUUUAUAAAAUUACCAGAGAGAUGAUACCAAAGAAAUGGGAACAAACCUUAUCAUAUGAUGAAUAUCAACACCAGUCUCCGCUGUGCAAAUUAGCAUUAACAUUGCCAAAGCAUGAAAAAUUGAUCCACCGUCCACGAAGUACAAAAAGAAUUUUUUCUGAUUCAUCAGAGGCCCUGUGGGACAAGCUGAUGUUCUGGCUUGCAGAAGAGCUUGCAGAAGAUAAUACAUCAUUGUUUGCUUUAUGUUUACCUGUUCGACGGAGCAUGCUUCAGCUUGUUAGGAUGAAGUGCCCUGAUAAUUUAACACACCAGAUCUAUGAGCUGCUUUGCUGCUGGAAAAAGACUCUUCCAAAGUCGGCUGAUAAACAGCAGCUCUUGUCUCGCUAUUUGCAGAAGAGUGGCAGAAGUGAUCUUUCAGAAGAACUUCGUUUAAAGUGGCAAAAUAAGGUGUUCACCUGACAGA